UUCCUAUCCAUAAAUUCCCCCUUCUUGAUCCAUUUCAAUUCAUCAACUUCAUAGCUUGGAUUUGGAAUCGUAACGAAAAUGUUGACAAAAAUAAUUUCCUUUUUUAUUUUUGUUUUAAUUUUUGUUUCAUUUCAAGAACGAAUCAACGGUGCGUUAGACGAAAGUACGAAAAAGAUGAUCGAAAAAGCCAACAAAAACGGCCCCUUUUUAGGCUUGGUUAUUCCCAACAUGUUUGAGAUGAAUCCGCUACUCAGUAAUCCUAAUUACAAGUCAACUAAACUAGUCAUCGAUUAUGCAGGGAGGAGGUUUCGGUUUGGAAAGAUUUACAAAAAGCCAGUGAUUCUGGUCAUGAGUGGAAUGGGAAUGGUGAAUGCUGCAAUUGCGACACAACUUUUGUUGAGUUUGUUUGAGAUAGAAGGUGUGAUACACUAUGGAAUAGCAGGGAAUGCAAACCCAAAUCUAAAUAUUGGAGAUGUAACCAUUGCUGAGUAUUGGUCUCAUUCUGCCCUUUGGAAUUGGCAGAGAUAUGGAGAUGGGCCUGAAGAUCCAUUGCCAUUUGAAGGAGAAGACGGAUUCACAAGAGAAAUUGGGUAUAUGAAAUUUGGAACAUAUUCAACAAAAGGUGAAGAUAACUUGUUGAAUAAUGUGUGGUAUCAAGCAGAAGAAGUCUAUCCUGUGGAUGGAACUCCUGAACAAACUAAACAAGUAUUUUGGAUCCCUGUGGACUCCAACUACCUCUCUCUCUCAAAAUCCCUCGAGAAACUCAAGUUGGAGGAUUGCAUUAACGCGACCACAUGUUUGACCAAUCCGCCAAAGGUGACCACGGUCCAGAGAGGGACGAGUGCCAACAUUUAUCUCGACAAUGCGGCCUAUCGAAGCUUCUUAUACAACAAAUUCAACAUUAGUCCGGUGGAAAUGGAAAGUGCCGGGGUGGCUCUCAUUUGCUUUCAACAAAAAGUGCCGUUCAUAACUUUUAGAGCCCUUUCUGACCUAGCCGGUGGCGGCACGGCUACCUCAAACGAAGCCAAUACUUUUUCCGGCCUCAGUGCAGAGAACUCCGUGAUAGUGAUGGUGGAGUUCGUUAAAUUGUUGACGGGUUAUAAUAGAAAAUUGAUAAACAGUUUUUGGUAGAAGUUCUAUUAGUAAUUCAAGUCUUCUAAAAAAGAAAAAAAUAAGAGACUUAUUGUAUUAAAUAAAUAAUAUG